AUGCUGGCACGCUGGAUCGUGCGACGCGCGCUGCGCGGUUCAAACUCGAGAACAAUAUCAACCCGCAUGCGACAGCCAUCACCAAGUCCUUAUAACAACAUCCCGUCAAAUGGCAUCAAUGGCCUCCACAGCAUCACAACAAAGAGACAGAGCAUCGCUCAAAAUGUACGAUCAAGGAUUCAAUCACGAGGUCUAAUCACGGCCUCUAUUCCAACCUUUGCUAUACCACCUCUCAUGUUCAUCGGGCUCCUACUCAGUCUAUGGACAUGGAAAUGCUUCUGGAUCAUCAUCAUGCAAAAUAAGCUCCUCUACCUCUCCUGGCUGCCUCCGUUCACAAGGUCUGAGGUAAUUUCAGACUAUGAGGCUGAGUGCAGACCAGUGCGGUGGGAGGAGAAGCAGAUUCGCAGUUUGGAUGGGACUAAAUUGGCUGUUUGUGAGGGUCACAUUCCAGUUCCUCACAAGGACCAUGAGUCAUCUUCAAAUCCUGAUGCUUUACAGAAUAAAGAUCGAGGGAAACUGAUCCCAAAACGAAAAAAGUCCGUUGUGAUCUGUUACUUUCAAGGCAAUGGCGGAUCGACCCCUAUGCGGUUGCCUCUUCUCUCUCACGUCUUGCGCGCAAUUACGGAAACGUCAAGAUUAACUUCAUCUGCUAUGUCUGGCCCCGAAGUCUCUCAAUAUACUAUCGCCGCUCUAUCAUACCGCGGCUACUGGACAUCAUCUGGUCGCGCCACACAGUCCGGCAUCGAAAUGGAUGCCCAGGCAUUCUUGAAUUGGGUUUCAGAAACAUAUGCGGCCCCAGAAACCGAUCUUGAGAUUGUAAUGUGGGGCCAUAGCCUGGGUGCUGCUGUUGCAAGCUCAGCAGUAUCUACCUACAUUGCCCGCCAACAUGAGAGGCAAACUUCCUCAAAUACAAGCAGUAACAGGCCCCUGGCGCCCAUUUCCAGCCUCAUUCUGGAGGCGCCAACUUCCAGCAUUAAAGACAUGCUCGUCAGCCUCUAUCCUCAAAAAUGGCUUCCAUACAGGUAUCUUUGGCCGUUCUCUUGGAAUACAUGGGAUAUCAAGGCGAAGAUGAAACAAAUGGCUACAUGGAGAGACCAACCUGGGCCUCAAAUCCCCAACCGUGAAGCUACAGCAUCAAUACCUCGCUCGCUUCCGCCGAUCUUUCUUCUAUCUGCCGAGAAAGAUGAAGUCAUUCCACCAUACGUACCAGACCAGUUAGAAAGGCAUGCCAAAUCUCUCGGCUUGAAGAUCGAGAGGAAAGAUGUCCUCGGUGCCAUGCAUAUAGAGGCACCACUCAAACUGGAUGGUAGGAAAGCGAUGGUGCAAUUUAUCCUCAACGGCACAUCCGUACCUAGGACAUAA